CUUGCUCCUCUCGGCAGCGCCGCCGUGUUGUUGUUUGUAUAAAGCGUGAUGUUGAUGUUUUGGCUCAGUUGGAGAGGCGUAACGUUUAACGGUAGUUUUGCACAGAGGACGCUUGCCUUAUUUCUUUCUCCAGCUGCAGUUUACCUCUAGAACAGCUGCUGUAGAGAUGUCCGACAGCUCCAGUGACACGGAGUCGUCCUGCGGAUGGACAGUCAUCAGUAAUGAGGGUUCGGAUAUUGAGUCGCUGGGGCCGGAUAUCGCCGGAGAGUGUGAUGUUGGAGCGGUUAGCUGUGCUCCAGAUGUACCUGAUGGCGAGGAGAGUUUGGGAGAGUCUUCACUAGAUCUGACACUGAGAGCGGAGGCGGAACCGGCCCGAGAGGAGGGUGGAGAAGAACAUGUGACCCUGUGCUCCUCCAGCGAGAACUCUGACAUCAUCACGCUGGCGGACUCUCGGGAGGCGGAGACUGCCUCGUGGGAGGAGCCUGUUGCUAAGGAGACGGAGGAAGCAGGAAGCUCGUCGAGCAGCCAGUACACGUUUAGAAAGUCGGAGACGAUUUUCCCAGCAGAUCAGCCUGUGCGGCGAGACGGUGGUAACAGCAGCAGCGAGGAUGAGGAGGAUGAGGAGGAUGAGGAGGGUGAGGUGAAGGUCAGUCCUGUGGUGAGGAGGCGCAGAGUGAGGAGGAGCACCGCCGGCUCAGAGCCUGGAGACCCGCAGGAGGAGGUGUUUGAGGAGCGAGGAGCUCAUUUGGACGGCCGCGCUGCUCCCGUCAGCGGCACCCUCAACAAAUGCAUUUUACUAGCGCUGCUCAUCGCCAUCAGCAUGGGCUUCGGACACUUCUACGGCACAGUCCAGAUUCAGGAGAGGCAGAGGAUCGUGGAAAAGAGUCGCAUGAAUGAGCUGGAAGUGCCGUGUAAGAGAGAGCAGGACGUUGUAAGUAAGGAAGUGGUUGAGAACCUCAGGGAAGACCUAGAGGAAAAGCAAGACAUGGUGAUGUCCCUCAUGAACGUGAUGGAUAAGAUAACUAAAGAAAACCAGCAUCUCAGAGUCAAACAGGAAGAGUUACAGACCCAAAGACAAGAUUUAUACGUGCAACUGACGCAAACCAAAAGCCAAAUGGAGUCUCGGCAGAGUGACCUGACCACAGAGAACCAGCUCCUUAAAGUCACUCUGGAGCGAGGAGAGGCGUCUCUGUCGGCUCUGCAGGAGGAGCUGCGGUCCCUGCGGGGACACAUACGAGAGUUAGAGGAGCGAGGAGCCGGGGCCGACUCCGUCAUGACCGAGAACCAGCGACUGAAGGGCCACUUACAGGAGGAGAAACAGAAAACACGCAGCUUCAUGAGCCAAAGAGAAGCGCUGCUGGCCGAAGCCCAGGAGCUGCGGAAAGAGCUCGAUGAAGAGCGCAAGGUGACCGACAAGCUCAAGGAGGAACUGGAGGAAAUGAGGAAAGAGGAGGACGUUGAAGCCAAGACGGAUCCUGAGACGGAAGAACUACAGGCGCGACUCCAGGAGCUCGAGAACAAGCUGAAGUUCGAGCAGCAGCGCUCCGAUCUUUGGGAGAGACUGUACGUGGAGUCGAAGGAGAAGAGAGCGAAGGGCGACCAGGACUCGAAGAACAAGAUUCCCAAAGAUGGGAUGCUGGGAAAAGUGAAGGAAACCUUCGACGCUGUGAAGAACUCCACUAAGGAGUUUGUGCACCAUCACAAGGAGCAGAUCAAGAAAGCCAAAGAGGCGGUGAAGGAAAACCUCCGGAAGUUUUCCGACUCUUUUAAAACAACAUUCAGGCAUUUUAAAGACUCGGCUUCGAAUGUCUUCAGGCAUCAGAAGAGGUUUCACCACGACGCCAAACACGAGUGUCACUCGUUCCGGCAGGAGCGAGGAAACAAGCGCGCCGAAGACUGGCAGCCGCAGAAACCUUUACACCGACAUCCUCGCAGAACAACCCUCGACUCGUUUCACGCCGAACACGACACGCGCAAACCCAGCGCUCAGAGACCGCACAGCAUCAUGGGACAGAAAACGCCGCCCAAAGGCUGUUCAGGAGUGUUCGACUGCGCCUAUCAGGAGUCCAUGAGUCUGUUCAACAAGGCCAUGGAUCCCAUCCGCGCCGACGAGUUUAACGAGCUCCUGCGCAGCUAUUUGCAGAAAGAAGUGGGGCAUUUCCACCACUGGAGGGAGCUGGAGAGCUUCAUCGAUAAUUUCUUCCAUAACGGCGUCUUCAUUCACGACCAGAUGCUGUUUACGGACUUCGUCAGCGGCGUUGAGGAUUACCUCGAGGAAAUGGAUGAAUAUCACCGCCUCAGCGACGACGUGUUCGAGGAUCUGGAUGAUUACAUAUACCGCCACAUAUUUGGAGAUGCGUAUUUAAAAUAUUUUGGGCCGAGUCGACCCUCCGAAGGGCCGGGGUCGAAGGUCAAGGCGUGGCGUCACUGUCAGCGGCAGCCUCGUCCUCGCCCUCAGAGAGCCAAGAAAUGGAGCCAAUCGGGACGCGAUCCCAACAGACAGUACGCAGAUGUCAAAAUAGAGCUGGGUCCCAUGCCCUUCGAUCCCAAAUAUUAGAAGAAACGUUUCAGUUCUGCUCGAUAUUGCUCCUGUUUUGUUUGUUUGCAUUCGUUUCGUCUUGGAGAAGGUUCAUGAAAGCUAUGGGUGAAUUCAUCUUUUCUGUGAAUUUUGUUUUUUUUGCACGGUGUAAAUGUUUGAAUGCUGGUUCUAGUGUGUUUCUCUUUCUGGACUUUUUUUUAGCAGCUUAGAAUUAAUUACAGGUGUUUUUGAGGCACAUUUAUGCUCCCAUUCCCUGAAAAAGUAUUGUAAAAAAAAAU